AAUUCGCACUCAAAUCGAGGAAACAAAAAGUGAUUGCAAAAAAAUGCAAAUUAAGCGGAAAUUAGAGAAAACCUAAAAUUUCCCAAGCACGUUUCGGAAAGUCCCACACACACACUAGACAAACACACACACACCCACAACAAUGGAGCUCAAAGUGGGCGAUUUGUGCGAGGAAUGCUUGCAGCGGGGCUUAAAUCACAAGCUGCGCUAUUUCUACGUAAGCAUGGAGGAUCAGCUGCUCAAGUGUGAAUCCCACCAGUGCCUCUGGCCACACAAUGAUCUCGUCUCCUCCUCCGACGACGAAGAAGAACAAGAGGAGGAUGUCAAUAGUGAUGCAGAUGACUUUAUAAAGACCCUGAUCCAACAGCUAGGACCAAAAACGGACCUAGCUUCAGAUUGCUACAGUGAAUCUCUACCGGAUUUAGGCCAGUCCAGCUCGAAUAACCAAAAUCCUCCUGCCUGGAACAGUAUUGACGAAAAGCAAACUGAUCAACUUGAAACUGCAAUCGCAACAGUAAAAAAUUCCAUGGCAGGUUUUCUGACUGAAUCCAGCUGCAAAACGGAAGUCUUAAGCGGGAAUCCCAAAGAGGAAUCGCCCAGCUGUAAAGUGCAGCAAGCUGCACGAAGCCCAGGAAAUAGUCAACAAGAAGCAGCAACAACUACUUGCCACAUACCCUUCACCAUUUCCAUAGGAGAUGCAGUGCUGUAUUCCCAAACGGAGCAAGUUGCUCCAAAUCCAGAGAAUAAGCAACAAGUUGCAGCAGCAACAAUUUGCGAAUCCGGCAACAUUCCCUACACCAGUACCACAGGCAAUGUACAAAUAAAGACUGACGACGCACCCAAGCCGAAUCCCUUCCAGCUGAUGCCUAAAAAGGCAUCGAUUGCUGUGCGCAAACAACUGACAGCAUCCGCACCCGCACCUGCACCCGCAUCCGCAUCUGCAACAGCAUCCUCUAAAGCCUUCAGCCAGGAGUUUCUCAAUGCGUUGAAGCGUUCGCCGGAAAAGCCGAGCAUUCGUCGUCGGGCAAGUCAGGGACGCACGCGGCGCCCGAGUGCUGCGUCCGAAGGCGGAGGUGUCUCUCGACCAGCAGGUGCCCAGCUGAGCACGCUGAUGGUGAAGCAGACGAUGGAACGCAUCGAAGCUGCCAGCAGAGAGAAGAUGAAGAUCGAAACGGAACUAAAUAAUAAACGAUGCCAAUUCUAAUCGGAAACACUUUGGAAUUGUUUGGGUAUUUUUUUUUACAUAUAAUUUCGAAAUAAAUUCGCAUAUGUAUCAAAAAUUUGCUGGUGCGCAGAAUGAAAACAAAUGCGGUUUAUUUAUAAAAAAAAAAAC